AUGAGGUACGUUUACUGGCCAUAUCGGUGCUGGACCCAUGGCUUACCUGCACAUGCGAUGAGUUGGGUCAACCUAAUUCAACAUUUACAGCUGCAACGAGCUGUCGUCGCAACUGAAGUGAUUGUGCUCAAGCCAGUUUGGCGGACUCAGCAGGGGCUCUCAAAAUCGACAAGUUUCUCGUCAUGUAUGCCUUCUGGAAGGAACUGGAACGUAAAUUUGUGGACACCGCGGAAGUGCAUACUCUCAUCAAAGCAGGAGUGUUACCGAGUUAAUACUCUCGGUGGAUACGAACAGUUUUCAUAG